AUGGAAAAGAAAAAAAUCUAUUUGCCAAAAAGUGUAACUCUGCCUUGUAAAUUAAAAUGGGCUGUAGAUAAUAAUUCAGUGGUUAGUUUCAAUCAAAUAAUUGCUUUUAUUAUUGAAAACAAGAAUGAAUAUAUUGACGAAAACAAUAAUAAUUUAUGUAAUAAAAAGGAUCUUUUAAAUGAUAAAGAUAUUCAUUUAGAAGAUAAAACUAAUAACUCAAGUGAUAAAAACAAUUACAUAGAAAAUGAGAAUAAUUUAAAUGAUAAAACUGUUCAUUUAAAUGGUGUACUUAAUAAUAUAAAUGAUGAAAGUGAUAAUAUGAAAAAUGAAAUAAAUACAAAUAAUAAAGAUAAUAAUACAAAUGGUAAUAUUAAUAUCUUAAAGGUUGAACAACAAAUAGAAAUUGAUACAAAACCAAAUGAAAAAAACAAUGUUAUAAAUUUUAUUUUAAGUAAUAGAAAAAAUUCUGAAAUAAGAAACAACUAUAUUGCAUUAAGAAGUAAUAAUCAUGGAAGGAUAACCAUUGUAAAAAAUAAUUUUAAUUUAGAAAAAGAUGAAUAUAUAUAUAUUAAUGAUCCUAGUGAAGUAUUAUGUGAAAUUAGUGAUGCUAAAUGCAGUCACGAAAUAAUUUUUUCUGGUUUAUGCACUAAUUGUCUUUUAAGUCAAGAAGAAAUUAAUAAAAAUAAAGAAGAGCAAAAAUAUUUUUUGACUCCCGGUUUUUUAACAAAUGAAAAUGAGUUAUUCAUAAAUUCAGAUAAGGCUCUUGAUUUAGAAAAAGAAAGAAUUAAAAAUAUUAUUGAAAAUAAAAAACUUUGUUUAGUUUUAGAUUUAGAUAAUACACUUUUGCAUGCUUCUUUUUUUCUUUUAUCAGUAAAUAUGAAUAGUGAAAUAAUAAAUAUAACAACUGAUCUUGAUGGAAAUUUAGAAAAUGAAAUGAAUUAUUUAGAAGAACUAAGUAACCAUGUAUAUAAUAUAAAUAAUACUAAAAAUGAAAUUAACAAAAAAAUAUCAGUUAUAGAAAGAUACAUUGAUGAAAAAAAUGUUCAUUUUGAUCAAAACAAUGUUAUAAAUAAUGAUAAUAUUGCAAAUACUGAUAUAGAUACAAACAUUGAUAAUCAUAUAGAAGUUAAUAAUAAUCUAAAUGCUGAUAAGAAUGAUAAUGAUAAUAAUUAUUAUAAUAAAGCCAAUUUUCUAUAUGAUGAUAUAAGAAUAAAUGAAGAAAUGAUUGAAGAUUAUUUAUAUUCAUUAUUUUAUAAAAAAAAAAGUAACAUGGAAUAUAAUAAUAAGCAUCAAGAUAUAAAAUCGAGUUACGACAAUUAUUGUAAUUUUUUAGAAAAACUUAACACAAUAAAUUUAUUAAAAAAAAAUGGAAAGUUUAUACAUUAUGAAAAUUUAAAUGAUAAAAAUAUAAAAAAAAAAAUUGAAAAAUUAGAAUUAUCAGUUUUAAAAACUAAUGUAAAAUAUCAAAAAGGAUCUUAUACAAUAUAUUAUAAGUUAAGACCAGGGGUUAUUCAAUUUUUACAAAAAAUGAAUGAAAAAUAUGAAUUAUAUUUAUAUACAAUGGGAACAUUGGAGCAUGCAAAAUCAUGCUUAUUUUUGUUAGAUCCUCUAAAAAAAUUUUUUGGUAAUAGAAUAUUUUCAAGAAAAGAUAGUGUUGACGGUUUAAAACAUAUGAAUAGAAUUCUUCCAACUUAUCGUAGUAUUUCAAUAUGUAUUGAUGAUAGUGACUAUAUAUGGAGAGAAAGAAGUUCUUGUAUAAAAGUACAUGGCUAUAAUUUUUUUCCUGAAAUAAAUUUUUUAGAGGAUAUUAAAAGAAAACCUUAUUUCCUAACAAAAUUUUUUUCUUUAGCUCAAUCUUAUUUAAAUUUUUCAACUACACUUUAUCGAUUCAUUAAUUUUAAAUGCAAUGAAUAUGAAAAAUUGAAAGAAGUUCGCAAAGAUAAUAUUCUUUACAAUUAUAUAAAUUUAAAUAAUUCUUUAAAUAAUUAUAAAAACAUAGGAAAUAAUUUAGGGAUUAGUUUGGAGUUAGAAGAAGAUAACAUCAAAAAAAUAAAUAAUGGUAAACUAAACUUUUAUAAAAAUGAAGGAGCAAAUACAAAUAAAACUAAUUUAAUUUGCGAGACAAAUGAAAACGAGGUUAAUGAAGAAAGAAAAAAAACAAAAAAUGAAAAUGAAAAUGAAGACUUUUUAAUUUUACAAAAUUAUAACUCCUUAAAUGUGAAUGAUGAUGAAUCAUUUGAAUCUAAUGAAGAUAACUUCAUUGAUUUAGAUAAGGAAUUUGAAACAGAUAAUGAAAAUGAAAUUGAAGCAGAUUCCAAUUUAUCUAAUUCAUGCCAGUUAAAUAUAUUCAGUGACUUAGGAAAUUUUAAUAAAACAUAUGAUUGCGAAAUUAUAAAAGAAGAAAUACGUAAAGAAAAUAACAACGAAAAUAUAAUUAAUACAAAAAUAAAUGAGAAUAAAAAUAAAAAUUAUAAUAAUGAAAAUGAGUAUAAUGAUUAUGAAAAUAAUAUGUAUGAUGAAAAGUUAGAUAUAAUUAACUUGAUAAAAAAAGAAAAUAGUCCUUCUUUAUUAAAUAAUAUCAGUGGAAUAAACAAUCAAAAAGAAGAUAAGAGUAAUUGCAGUUCUCUAAAAUACAAAACAGAAGAAACAAAAUCCGAAGAAUUUCUUUUUUUAAAUAAUAUAGCAUAUCAAAAUGUCUCACUAGGUGAAAUAGGGAAUAUCUUACACAAAAAAAUUGAGGGAAAAAGAGAUGAAGAAAUCCCACAAAAUAGUUCCAUAGAAGAAAAAAUGUUUUAUUCACAAAAUGAAAAUUUUUUAAAAAAAGAAGAAAAUGUAUUACAUUUUGAAAAAGCGGAAAAUUUAGAUCAUAAUGAAACUAAGAAUUUGGUACCAAUUGAUGAAAAUGAUGUUAUCAAAAAUAACAAUUCUGAUUUAUUACUUUUGGAGAAUAAUGCACAUGUAGAUAUACAGAGUAUAACUAAUAUCAAUAAUUCUUCAAAUAUUACCUUACCAAAAACUCAUAAAGAUCUUAAUAAAAAUCAAAAUAAAAAAAAGAAAAAAAUUAAUAAAAAAAGUAAUAUCAAAAGUAAAGAUAUAUUAAAUGAAGAUGAAAUUUCUAAUAAUAUUAUCCCAUUUUCUAUAUUAAAAACGGAAGAAAAAUAUAUUUGUUUUGAAGAUGAAAUUAUUUUCAAAUUUAUAUCAGAAAAAAACUAUAGAAAAUACGACAAAUAUGUGUUAAACUUUCUAAAUAAUUAUUUUGAGGAAGAAGAAUUAAAAAGAAGAAAUCAAGAAUCAGAAAAAAUAGAUGAAAUAGAUAUAAAAAAAAAAGAAAUAGAUAAAAAUUACAAUUCAGUUACGAAUAAAAAAAAAAAAAAUUUUAAAAAAUUCGAUGUUUCGAAUAAUAAAAAAAAAGUAAAAAAAAAAAUAAAAAAAAUUCAAGUGAAAAGAUUUGUUCAAUUUCAAAAUCUAAGUAAAAAUAAAAUUUUCAACCAAAAGAUCUUAAAAGGAAAAAAAAGAGCAAUUAAAGAUAGUUUUAAAUUAAAAAAUGAAAAAUUAGAUAACCAAACAAAAAAAGCAAAUAAAAAUGAAUAUUAUGAAAGUUUUUUUAUACCAAAAAAUUUGAAAGAACCAAAAUUUAAAGAUAAUGACAAACAGUUAUAUUAUUUAGGAAUAAUAUUAGAUGAAAUACAUAAUAUUUUUUAUAAAAUUUUUGAACAUUUCAAAACUUAUAAAAUCAGUGAAGAAAACUCUGAUAAUAAUAUAUAUAAUUAUUUUUUAAGAUAUCCAGUAGUAAGAACAAUAUUAAUAGAAUUUCGAAAACAAGUUCUAAGAGAUUGUAUUUUUAAUAUAUCUUUAUUAUCUGAUGAUAUAAAGAGAAGUGACUUUAUUGAUCAAAUAGUAAAAUUAGGUGGAAUUAUAAAUAAUAAAAAUUACACCCAUUUACUAACAAUAAAUAAUUUAGUAAAAAAUGACAAAUUGAAGAAUGUUAAAAUCUCUAAUUUGAUGUGGAUAGAGAGAGCUUUAUAUACCUGGAAGAACAUCGAUACAAGAUACUAUAAUGCCAAUAAUUGGGAGAGAACUCAUAGAAAUUUUUGGGAUGUCAUUGAAUAUGAAGAAAAAAAAAAUAUAAAAUAA